UCCCCCCAGCCAUAUAACACUGUCUGGACCAAACCCCUUUAGGCCAUAUAACUCCCCAUGAUUGCCAGAAGGUAGGGGUUGAAUGAUGUGAUGGAUUGCCCUGCUCUGUUCAUUCUUUCUGAUGCACCUGGUAUUGGCCACUGUCGGAAGACAGGCUGCAGGACUAGAGGGACCAUUGGUCUGACCCAGUAUGGGUCUUGUGUUCUUAUGUGUCUUUUGUUCUCAUGGCAAUAUAACCAUGUGUGGACCAGCUCCCCUCCCCACCAUAUAGCCCCCCACUAGGGUUGCCAACAGUACCUUAUUACAAGGGAUGCCCCUUAUUUUGUACAAGAUUAGAUGUUCCUGAGUGCUGCAGAAGAUACCCCUGGCAAAUGUAGGUAAAUCCUGCUUAGUAGAACUAUUAAUAAUAAUAACUAUAAAAAUAGAAUUGGGCGAAGCGGUGGGGUUGUUAAGAAAACAGUUCCUUAUUUCUGAAAUACAGUGUCGGUAAUUGUACCACUCCACAUGCACCUUAAAGCCUUGUAGGGACCAGCUACCUGACCAAAUAACCCCAUGUGGACCAGUCUCUCUCCAGUUAUAUUACACCAUAUAAGAACCCAAGAAUGGUCAUAUUGGGUCAGACCAAAGGUCCAUCUAACCAAGUAUCCUGUCUUCUGAUAGUGGCCAAUGCCAGGUGCCCCAGAGAGAAUGAACAGAACAGGUAAUCAUCAAGUGAUCCAUCCCAGGUUGCCCAUCCCCAGCCCCUGGCAAACAGAGGCUAGGGACACCAUCCCUGCCCAUCCUAGCUAAUAGCCAUUGAUGGACCUAUCCUCCGUGAAUUUAUAGACCUCAAUCAUAUCCCCCCUUAGUCGUCUCUUUUCCAAGCUGAAAAGUCCCAGUUUUAUUAAUCUCUCCUCAUAUGGAAGCCGUUCCAUACCCCUAAUAAUUUUUGUUGUCCUUUUCUGAAUCUUUUCCAUUUCCAAUAUAUCUUUUUUGAGAUAGGGUGACCACAUCUGCAUGCAGUAUUCAAGAUGUGGAUGUACCAUGGAUUUAUAUAGAGGCAAUAUGAUAUUUUCUGUUUUAUUCUCUAUCCCUUUCUUAAUGAUUCCCAACAUUCUGUUAGCUUUUUUAACUGCUGCUGCGCAUCGAGUGGAUGUUUUCAGAGAACUAUCCACAAUGGACAAGACUCUUCUUCUUUGGGCUGUAUUAACCCUCUGUGGACCAGCUGCUGCUCCCCAAACCGCGUUCGCCACCAUCAUCCCAAGAGUUUCCCAGGUGGACAACUCCUCCGACUUUCUGGGCAAUGUCCCCCACCGCCGGCACCCAGGGGUGCUGCAUCUCAGGAGUGUCCGACUCCCGGCCGAACUGGUGAAGGCUGCCCAGCUGCUGGUGGAGCAGUCCACUGUGCAUGGGUUGAAGGACCAAGUGGUGGCCCUGACCAACUACCUCUGGAGUCGGAAGCGUCCCCUGGAGGCCAACGAGCUGCAGAGGAGAGGGCAGCAGCUGGAGCAGCAGCUGAGGGAGAAAGUCCAGCCCCGCGCAGCAGACUCAUCCAGCCCCCUGACUGACGCUGAGGAGGAGAAGCUGCAGAGGAGGGUGCUAAACAGGCUUCGAAAAACCACCUAUCACUGGGAGGCACUGAGGUAUACAGACGAGCUGAGUCUUGUGUACAUGGCAGCUCGGCUGGAUGGGGGGUUUGCGGCUGUGUCCAGAGCCUUCCAUGAGAUCCAGAAGCGAGUUACGGACUUUGCCCCUCGCACCCUUCUGGAUUUCGGCUCUGGUACAGGCUCCGUCAGCUGGGCAGCGCAUGGUGCCUGGGGCCAGACCCUGCGUGAGUACCUGUGUGUCGACAGCUCCUCCCCCAUGCUGGCCCUUGCCGAGCGGCUACUGCAAGGUGGCUCUGAGUCCUCGCAGGCCCCACUCUUUCCAGGUGUCUAUUUCCGGCAGUUCCUCCCCGUCUCGCCCAAGGUGAAGUUUGACCUAGUGGUCUCAGCCUUCUCCCUGAAUGAGCUGCCCAGCCUGGCCGAGCGCAGGGAGACCAUACGGACGCUGUGGAGGAAAACGGACGGCUUCCUGGUGCUGGUGGAGAACGGGACCAAAGAGGGUCACCAGAUGCUCAUGGAGGCGCGAGAGAUCGUCCUGGGGGGGGGAGACAAGGUGGUGCAUGACCCACGGGAGGCUCACGUCUUCGCCCCAUGCCCACACCACCUGCCCUGCCCACGGCUGAACCCCGAGCGGCCCCUGCCCUGCAAUUACCUCCAGGCCUACCAACCCCUCCCCUUCCGCUGGAACCCAGUGCUGAAGGAGGAGUUGUUCUCCUUCCUGAUCCUGCGCCGGGGACCGGGGGCGAGCGAGGAGCCCUGGCCCCGCAUCACCCAGGCUGUCCUGGGCCGUGCCCGGCAUGUCCACUGCCACCUGUGCUGUGCUGACGGGAGCCUGCAGCAUGCCGUGAUCACCGCGCGCCGGCACGGCAGGGAUCUGUAUCGCUGUGCCCGGCUGAGCCACUGGGGGGAUCGGCUGCCUGUGACGAUGCCCCCCGGGGAGGCUGUUCCGGGGGAGUAACCCUCCAGCCCAUCCCAGGGGGCAGAUGCUGAGCUCCCGAAGUCUCGCUGCGAUCUGUCGCCUGACCCUCCUGGGCACUGACGUGUGAAUGGCGGCAGGAAGUGCCCUAGUGGAUUGGCAUUGGUGUGUGUGUGUGGGGUCUUCUGAUGGCCCCUGUCACCUGCAGCACUGCAGAUGCUGUUCCCAAUGAGCAUGGAGGAGCCAGCAGGACUCCUGGGUUCUCUUCUGCAGCUAUUGGCUCCCCGGCACCCAGGUUGGGUCCAAUAAAGAGAGCCUGAAACAGU